CUGCCGACUGGCCGUAUUAUUUUCGCCUGGCAGAGCGCAGCCCCCGGCCGCCGCUCCGCACCCCGAUCCACCGCUUUGCCUGGAUUUUAGUUCGCUUCACUAUUUCUUUUUUUGGGUUUUAAAUUGGCUUAUUUUUACUAAUCGGUAGCGUGCUUUGGACUGAAACGUGGAGUUCGGAUCUCACUUGGAGCCAUACAGGAUGUCAGAAUCCAUGUCAUCCCACCAGGAUGUUCGGAAGCGCCAUGAGCGCAGCACCACCUCGGUGUCGGCCGUUAGCAAGGUCCAGAAAACCAGCACACGUUCUACUAGUGUCCGCACCAGUAGGCGCAGCCACAAAGGCAUUAAGACAACUGUACAGUCAGUCAAGGAACUUGACGAGGCCGACCUAAGCUUACUCUCCAAGUCAAAGAAAACCUACCUGGCAAUGGACAAAGAGAAUGAAAUCAUCGGCUAUGUUGUACCGAUCUUCAGAAGCAGCCAAGGGUUCGCCAGAGAGCUUCUGGAGUCCCAGGAGGAGGAGAGGAAGGAGGAAAGCAUUGGCUAUGUGGCCCUAAGGAACCUUUUUACUCGGGAGACCACAGAAAUGCAACGUGUGGAAAAGAAAACCAGGGAGACGACGUUGAGGGAAUCUGCUGACCGUAUUCAUCUAGUGAGAAAGAUGCAUGAGAGGGAGGAGUUCCAGAGGAAGAUGAAUGCAGACAGCCUGACACACCCCCCAGAGUUUAUAGUGAAGCCACGUUCCCACACGGUCUGGGAGAAGCAGACAGUCACUCUGCACUGCACUGUUGCUGGCUGGCCAAAGCCACGGGUUGCCUGGUACAAGAACAACGUAUGGAUCGAUGCCAAGGCAUAUCCUGACAAGUAUACAGUUGAGAGCAACUACAACAUGCACUCACUGGAGAUCAAAAGCUGCACCUUUGAGGACACAGCUCAGUACCGCAUCUCAGCGAUGAACGUGAAAGGAGAGAGCUCCGCCAUCUCCACCGUGGUGGUGAAAAGAUUCCAAGAGGGCGAGGACCUUGCUCGAAAGCCUCAUGGUUUCUGUCCUGAAUAUGGAGUGACCUUCCGCACUCACAUCACAGACAAGUUCUCCGUAUCUUUCGGCCGUGAGGGAGAGACCCUCAGUGUCGGCUGUACAGUGAUCAUCUUCCCACAGGUGAAGCGGUACCAGCCUGACAUCCUUUGGUACCGCAAUGCCACACUACUGCAGCCCUCGCGUUGGGUGCAGAUGCACUGGAGUGGAGAUCGUGCCAUGCUGACUUUCAAACACCUCAACAAGGAGGACGAGGGCCUCUAUACACUGCGCAUCAACACAAAGUCCGGCUUUGACUCCUACUCUGCCUACGUGUUCGUAAGAGACGCCGAUGUGGAAGUGGAAGGAGCCCCUGUGGCUCCUCUGGACGUGCGCUGUCAGGAUGCCAACAAAGACUAUGUGGUGGUCACCUGGAAGCAGCCUGCAGUGGAAGGAAGCAGCUCCAUCCUGGGAUACUAUGUUGACAGGUGUGAGGUGGGAACUGACCGUUGGGUCCAAUGCAAUGACACGCCAGUGAAAUUUGCCCGCUUCCCGGUCACGGGUCUGGUGGAGGGGCGCUCCUACGUGUUCCGUGUCCGGGCCAUCAACUACGCCGGGGUCAGCCAUCCGUCCCGCAUCUCCGAUCCGGUGGUCGCCAUGGCACCCGCCGACCGCGCCUACCUACGCAGUCACCCAUCUGCCCCAUGGACGGCGCACAUCAUCGUCACAGAGGAGGAGCCAACGGUGGGAGAGGUUCCAGGCCAACCGAGUGACCUGGCAGUCAUCGAGGCGACCAAGAGCUAUGUGGUGCUGGCCUGGAAACCCCCGUUCCAGAGGGGUCAUGAGGGGGUCAUGUACUAUGUGGAGAAGUGCGUGGUGGGCACAGACACUUGGCAGAGGGUCAACGCUGGCAUGCCUGUGAAGUCUCCACGCUUCGCCCUGUUUGAUCUGGCUGAGGGCAAGACUUACAGCUUCAGGGUGCGGUGCUGCAACUCGGCUGGGGUGGGGGAGUCUUCGGAAGCCACCGAACCCACCGCUGUCGGGGACAAGCUGGAUCUCCCUCCUGCUCCAGGCCGUGUGGUGGCCAGCAGGAACACCGAUACCUCUGUGGUGGUGUCCUGGGAGCCGUCCCAGAAUGCCAUGCAGCUGGUGGGCUACUACAUCGAGGUCAGCGUCGUGGGUAGUGGCGUGUGGACUCCCUGCAAUAACAAGCCGGUGAAGUGCACCAGGUUCGUGUGUCACGGCCUCAACACAGGGGACCAGUGCGUAUUCCGGGUGAAAGCCGUCAAUGCCGCCGGGUACAGUUGUCACUCGCCUGAGUCGGAGAAGGUGGAUGUGAAGGCUGCCAUCGCGACCCCUAGCCCGCCCCAGAGGCUCAGGGUGGUGGAAACGGUUCGGGAUACCAUGCUGCUGGACUGGGAGGAACCCAAGCUUAACGGUGGGGCAGAGGUCACCGGCUACUUUGUGGAUAUGCGCAAGGUCACAGCGGGCGUGCCUGGGAGUUGGCACGAGGUCAACACCAAGGCUAUCAACGCCAGGUCCUACAAGGUAGAGAACCUGAAGGAGAACAUGCAGUAUCAGUUCCAGGUGCGAGCAGUGAACAUGGCAGGUCUGAGCAAGGCCUCAGUGCCUAACGUUGCAGUUGAAUGUAAGGAAUACACCAUCACUGUGCCAGGACCUCCUAUUGGUCUCCAUGUAACUGAGGUGCGGAAGAAUUCCCUGGUGCUUCUGUGGGAGCCACCAAAGUUCACGGGUCGCAGUGGCAUCACUGGAUACUAUGUGGACAUGAAAGAGGCGGGAGCUGGCGACGGUGCUUGGAGGGGCAUCAACGGGAAGGCCACCACAAGCAGAUACCUGCAGAUCGCAGGACUGAAGGAAGGAGCCUCCUACGUGUUCCGUGUGUGUGCUCAGAACCUUGCAGGAGUUGGACACCUGUCUCAGCUCACUCCUCCCAUCCUGGCCCAGACUCGUCCGGGUACCAAAGAGAUUGUGGUAGAUGUGGAUGACGAAGGUGUGAUAUCCCUGAUCUUCGAGUGCUCAGAGAUGACAGCAGAAUCGAAGUUUGUGUGGUCUAAGAACUAUGAGGAGAUCUCAGACCUUUCCCGCCUCGCCAUGCAGACCUCGGGUGGCAGGUCACGGGUCAUCUUUAACAACCUAUCACUGGAGGACCUGGGGAUUUACUCUUGUGUGGUCACCAACACAGAUGGGGUGUCAUCAAGCUACACCUUAGAUGAGAAAGAAAUGAAACGUCUGCUGCAGAUCAGCCAUGACCACAAGUUCCCCACUAUUCCUUUCUCAUCUGACCUGGCUGUGGAACUGCUGGAAAAGGGCAGGGUGCGUCUCUGGCUGCAGGCAGAGAAAGUGACGGCCAACUGCAAGGUGGACUAUGUGUUCAAUGACGUCCCGCUCACCCAGGGCGAGAAAUACUCAAUGCACUUUGACAAAAACACUGGAAUCAUUGAGAUGUUCAUGGAGUCAUUGGAACUGGAGGACGAGGGAACAUACUGCUUCCAUCUGGUGGAUGGAAAGGCCACCGGCACCUCCAGCUUGGUGCUGAUCGGAGAGGACUUCAAAACAUUGCAGAAGGAAUCAGAGUUCAGGAGACAGGAGUGGUUUAGGAAACAAGGUCCUCAUUUUGUGGAAUACCUGAGUUUCAAGGUGACUCCAGAAUGCAACGUGCUUCUCACAUGCAAGGUUGGGAACAUGAAGAAGGAGACGGAAAUAUUCUGGUCCAAGGAUGAACAGGACAUUGAAGAGGAGGAGGAAAAGAUUAACUACAUCGAUGACAUUUUGACCUUCAACAUCUCGAAGAUUUCCAAGCAGGAUGCGGGGAUUUACCAAGUGAAGCUGAGAGAUGACCGUGGAAAGGACAAGAGUGUCCUGAACCUGAUUGAACAAGGUUUCCAGGAGGUGAUGAAUGAGGUAUUUAGAGUUAUUGCCAACUCAUCCACAGAGCUGCAAGUGACGAGCACAGCUGAAGGCAUCAUCAUCCAGACCUCGGUGGUCUACUACAAUGAGGACCUCCCCUCAAACUGGCUACACAAAGAUACUAAGAUCUCGCGCUCGGAUAGAGUCCAUUGGGGCGUUACAGAGGAGCAGCUGUGGCUGAAGAUCAAUGAGCCCACAGAGAAGGACAAGGGCAAAUAUGCCAUCAACAUCUUUGAUGGCAAGGAUGGGGUCAAGAGAGUGCUGGACCUUACAGGACAAGUGUGGGAGACGGCAUAUGAGGAGUUCCAGAGGCUGAAGGCUGCUGCCAUUGCAGAAAAAAAUCGCGCUCGCGUGGUCGGUGGGCUGCCAGAUGUGGUCACCAUCCAGGAAGGCAAGUCCCUCAACCUCACUGGAAACAUCUGGGGCAAUCCGGCGCCUGAGGUGAUGUGGAUGAAGAACGAGAAGGAGCUGGUGUCAGACGAACACUACGCCCUCAAGUUCGAGGCGGGCAAGUUUGCCAGCAUCACCAUUGCCGCCGUCACCACUGUCGACUCGGGCAAGUACAGCCUGGUGGUGAAGAACAAGUACGGCACGGAGUACGGCAACUUCACCGUGAGCGUCUACAUGCCCGAGGGCGAGGAGGCUGAGGAAGAGGGGGAUGAGAAGAAAGACAAAAAGGACAAGAAAGAAAAGAAAGACAAGAAGGAGAAGUAGGAAUAAAACAAAAGAAACAAAAACAAUACGUAGAAAGUAGAGCCUGAUGGAUUUAAGUGCUUUUUUUGUCUAGUCCAGCGAUACCUUUUCCCUUUAAGAACCUUAAGAAGGUAUCUGUAUCGUGAGCUGUCAAUCCUGUUGAGUUUAAAAGUGAAGAUACUGGGCUGGCACUAGACUAAAAAGCCUAACUGGAAAUUUGUAGUCAAGUUUAGAGUAAGUCCCCCCCACAUCGCUGUAGCCCCCUUUUAGCUGAACAAAGAGCUGCCUUGUUGCUAACAAUGCUAAUGCUGUACAUGACACUGGGAGUACUAUUUUCUAUUUUUGAAGGUCUUUUACUUGACCUUUUCGUAUUACUAGCCCUAAAACGCCACUGUGCCACUUUACAGGGCCACUAUAAAUCAUGAAAUUGUCCCCAGUGUCGUAAGUGGCAGGUCACUUAGCUUUCCAUGUGUGUGCCCUUAAACCAAUUAUCUGCACAAUCCCGUAGGACAACAGUGCUCAAUGUAUAUGGGGUCCUGUUCUAGCAAAAAGCUGAUGGAAUCCCCAGUGAAGACGAUGUCCGAGUUUAUGCCAACAGGGAAGUCAGCUGACCACAUUCUUAUUUUGUCCAGCUGAGAAAUGCAGACACAUCCUGUGUUACUGUCCUCUGGCCAGUUGUUGUGCAAAGGCUAAUAAACACUGUCCAUGUUG